AUGCGGCUGGCAGAACUGCAAGAACCAAGAAGAAUUUCAGCCGACCUGAUUCACGAUACGAUCGAUUGUUCAAAAUUGAGCACCCGCAUCCUGAGGCUGCCAAGAACUGCGACACAUGCUUGGCCGAAUGGGAGGAGCCUAGAGACGAGCGAGAGGAUGACUUUCCACGGCCAUUCUAUGGUGUAAUAGCAUCUGGCAAUGUUGUUAUCAAAGAUGCGUCGACAAGGGAAUCCAUUCGUUCUGGAACGGGGGCACUUUGCUUUGAAAUGGAGGCAGCUGGUCUCAUGCAAGAUUUUCCGUGCAUUGUGAUCCGUGGAAUUUGUGACUAUUCUGAUUCUCACAAGAAUAAGGCAUGGCAAGGGUACGCUGCCUUAGCGGCAGCAUCAUAUGCCAAGGAGCUAGUGCAAACCUUACCCCGGGGCCAAGUUGCGCGUGAGAGAUUAGCCACGGACAUAUGUAGGUCUGUACAAGAAUUGCAUGAAGAUGUCAAAGGUACAAAUCAGCGGCUAGACAAAGCAUACCAUCGACAGAGCCAGUAUCAUCUUGAUGAUGAGCAACGGCAGUGUCACCAAGCUUUU